UGGAAAUACUAAAACCAUCACAUUUUAAAUUAAUAGAAUUAGACACCCAAUAACUUUAGACAGUAGUGGUAUACAUCAUAUUUGACAGAUAAUCAAAGGGCAGGUGGUUUAGUAUUUGGGGCUGCAUGAACAAAACUUUUAAUCAAUUUAAAUGUCUUUGGAAUCAUCUUUCUUUGCGGAAAUUAUCACUAAUAAAUCUCCAAACAGUGUAGAGUUUUUUCACCAACAAGAAUCAGGCCCUGUUCUGCUUGCAUACACAUGGGAUAACUAUGUUACAAUUUGUGUUUUACACUUCCCUGAACUUGAGCAUGAUAUACCUGAGUUUACUUAUGAAAAUCUUACAGAUAUCGAUCAUGGUUCUUCCGCUACAAAGAUAGCAUGGAGCCCAAAAACCUCAAUGUUGAUGCACCCAGUUGGAAUUGUGUUUGCUACUAUUGGAUUAGAUUGUAGUUUAAAGUAUUACCAAGUCAAUAAUAAAAUGGAAGUAUCUGCUAAGCCUUUAGGGAGCCAUAGAAGUUUUAUUAACGAUUGCUCAUUUGAACCAUCAAAAGGAAGAGAAGUUGCAAGUGUUGGAGAUGAUAAAAAAUGUAGAAUCUGGGAUUCAGAUACAUGUGAAGAGAUUAUGUGUUUACCAUUGACAAGUGCUGGAAAAAGUGUUAAGUGGAACAUAAAUGAUAAUGGUAAGUUACUAGUAGGAGAACAAAAUGGUACCAUACGUUUAUAUGAUGUUUUCAGUUAUUUGCCGUUGUUUACAUUAAGUUGUCUAAAUGCUUCUUCUGUUCUUACUUCCGUUGACUGGUCAUUACUUGACCCUCAAAAAAUUGGCUGUGUUGCUGGAAAGUACUGGUAUAUUUGGGAUGUUUCAAAAGGAAGCAUACCUGAGUCAUCAGGGGUUGCACAUUCUGAUUCGGCACAUGAAUUUAGAUUUAGUAACAUUGAUGCUAGAAUAUAUUCAACAAGAGGAAGGCCUGAGAAUGAGUUUAAAGUCUAUUUUUCACACAAAGACAAGAUACCAGUAUCUACUUUAACAAAAAUUGGUAAUGGUUCAUCCUGGCAUAAUUUAUUGCCGAUAGUAGCUAUUGGAGCUAAUAGAAAAGUCGCGCUCUAUAGUUUGCAGUAAAUGUUUUAGCACUGAUAAACUAUCGUAUGAAAAUGCUUUGUCUUUCAUGCAAACAUCUUAAAAAAUAAAUUUUAAAUUUAUGAAGCUCGUAUAAGUUGUUUAGUGGAGACGUUCAAUUCCAAAGUUUUAGAAUUAUUGGCGAAUGUAAAUGUUUACGAAUGUAAAUGUUUUUAAAUGAACAAAAAUACAAUUUUUUUGAAGAA